UAAGUCACGCGCUCCCGUCCCGACCACCACACAAGCCUACUGAGGAAAUGGCCGUGAGGUUUCUGUCCGUAACGAGAAGAUUUCACGUCGAUUUUUGCAGGUUAACACCAAGUGCAGUCAACAGGUCUGUCGUAGGCCUCUUCAGCACUGCAGCGGAACAUCGUAGUGCUGGUGACGACUGCCAUGGUGAUGAUGGAGAUGAUGACCACAGUCACUCUGUGACACAUGUCAGGGCCUUGGAGAUGAGAGCUAGAAAACUGGAAGAGAAGGUUCACGACCUCACUGAGAGAUAUAAACGAGCCCUAGCUGACACAGACAAUGUCAGAAGAAGAACACAGAAAUUUGUAGAGGACGCCAAAAUAUUUGGCAUUCAGAGUUUCUGCCGUGACAUUGUGGAGGUGGCAGACCUGUUGGAGAAGGUUGAGGAGGGAGAUGGAGUACAGCAGCUAACACAAUACCUGGCACACAUACAGGGACGGCUGCAGGACAUCUUCACCAAGCAUGGACUGGAGAAGAUGAGCCCCGUGGGAUCUGCCUACGACCCAUAUCAGCAUGAAAUAGUCUGUCAUACUCCAGCAGAGGGAGUGGAGCCUGGCUCCAUAGCUGUGGUGAAGCAAGACGGUUACAUGCUGCAUGGACGUACCAUUCGCCAUGCCCUUGUGGGUAUAGCUGUGAAGACGCAGGAGCAGUGACAGGGCCUUGGUUCAGUCCUCUCCUGCUUAUGUUCAUGUUACACUCUUAGUAUGUACAAUACCAAUGUUCUUACAUCUCUAGACAACUACACAUUUGGCUUACUCUUUGAAGUGAUGGUUAUUUAUAUGUAUUUAUAAAUGUUUUUUUUUUUUUCUAAUUUGUAAUCUACACAGAUUAAUCAGGCUUUUUUUGUUAAUGUGUUUUUUUUUCUUUCUUUCUUUUUAACCCCUGAUUUACAGAAUGUCCAAUGCCCAUUUAAUGUUUGGAAAGAUUCAUUAUUGUCUUGUGUGUGUUCAAGACACUACGUUUGUGGUGUAAUAAGAAUUGUAGUGUUCAAAUUGACCUGGAAAAUGCACUUUACACCCUUGUCAUGGUGGUUUCUGUAAGUGAUUAGUAGUUUUGGAGCUUUACAAUACACAUACACAUUACAAUACGAUUCUAUAUGCUUAACACUGGUUAAUGAAUUAAUGAAUGGCCAUGUUUACAGCAUUCAUUCAUCUUGAUUAAUGUUAAUUGAAGAAUAUACCAUUCAUUCUACUUAAUAUUAGUUCAUAAUGCAACAUAUUAACAUUAAACUAAUGUUAACGCAUAGAAUAUUAUCGUAACGUUAUCAGAAAGUCUGUCUGUUGUAAAUGUCAAGUAAGUGUUAUAGGCCACCAGUACCCAAAACAAAAUGCUGAAAGUUUUCUCUUUUUGAUUGGAGAAAUGCACAUAAGAUUUAUGUGUAUCCAAAGUGGAAUUUAACUGAAUGUUAUUUGGGAGAUAAAAUGAACAUAAAAAGUAUUUAUAUGUAUAUAUUUUCUUUGUAAUAGUUUGCCCUGAUAGGUUUUGUUUUUGUUUUUUGUAGAAGAAAAACUGUAAGUUAUUUUCUUUUAAACUAAAGUUUUUUUUUACAGAAGUAUUCGUUGUAAAUGUUGCAGACAAUUAGUUUUGAACGUAUGUGUGCGAGGCAGAUGUUUUGACUGAAUAAAAUCUCAUCAUUUGAUCA